CCCCCGCCAUGGGUCGGAAGCGCUGCGUGGGGGGAGACGGCUCCAAGAUGGCGGCGGGUUGCUGCGGGGUGAAGAAGCAGAAACUCUCCAGCUCCCCCCCGUCGGGCUCGGCCGGCCCGGGCGGCGGCGGCGGCUCCCACUGCGGCGGGGCGGCGGCGGGCGGCGUCGAGCCGGGGUCGCUCCCCCCGCCGGGCAGCGCCCGCCUGAACGGCCUGGGGGGGCUGGCGGGGGGCGCCGCCGGCUGCGCCCUGGCGCCGCCGCUGCCGCCCAGCUGCGGCGGGGGCCCCGGCGGCCUCUCCGGCCCGGCCGCCGCCGCGCUGCUCGCCUCGCCCGGGGCCGGGCCCGGCGGCUGCAGGAAGAUGGUGGUGUCGGCCGAGAUGUGCUGCUUCUGCUUCGACGUGCUCUACUGUCACCUGUACGGAUACCAGCCCCCGCGGAGCCCCCGCUUCACCAACGACCCUUACCCACUCUUUGUAACUUGGAAGAUUGGUCGAGACAAACGAUUACGUGGAUGUAUAGGUACCUUUUCUGCCAUGAACCUGCAUUCAGGACUCAGGGAGUACACGAUUACUAGUGCCCUUAAAGAUAGCCGAUUCCCCCCAAUGACGAGGGAGGAGCUGCCACGACUUUUCUGCUCAGUGUCUCUACUUACUAACUUUGAAGAUGUCUGUGAUUACAUGGACUGGGAGGUGGGUGUACAUGGCAUUAGAAUAGAAUUCAUCAAUGAAAAAGGAUCAAAACGCACCGCCACCUACUUACCGGAGGUUGCAAAGGAGCAAGGAUGGGACCAUAUUCAGACCAUAGAUUCCUUAUUGAGGAAAGGAGGCUACAAAGCUCCAAUUACAAAUGAUUUCAGGAAAACUAUAAAACUGACCAGGUACCGUAGUGAGAAGAUGACCAUGAGCUACACGGAAUACCUUGCCCACCGCCAGCAUCAUCACUUCCAGAACGGCAUUGGGCACCCCCUUCCAUCAUACAACCAUUAUUCCUGACACUGAGCCGCAUGACCAGUCCCUGGACCUCUCAGCUGACCUCUUCCCAGGAGACCCCGCCCCCUCUUGGUCUAGUUAUCUCUAUUACUGUACCAUUUUAUGAUGAUAGUUUCCGUUGCCAGGAUGACGCUUCUCCGUGGCAGGUUAAGUUCAUCAUGGCAACGGGUGGAAAUGCUACAUCAUUACAAAGAGCCCUUCAUUCUCUUGUUUUUAAUUAUUGAGUCACU